UGGUUGCAGAUCGCAGGUGUUCUGUGUGUGUGACUGUGUGGGUUUUUCUGCUCUGGAGUCUGUAGUAAACAGUGGAAGUAAAAACAACAACGUGGGAUCGUGAAGUGGUAAGAGUAUCUCUGGAAACAAUUGUGUCACGUUUUGAGGCUCGAAACCAACUCCUUUGACAGGCAAGGACUUUAAUGGGCUUCCUGUUUUGAUUGGAUCACCUCAGUUCUGGACUAACUUUUAGACUAAGCGAGAGAGCAGUCUUUCUUCCACCAAGAAGCCAAGAUGGCCGUCCAUUGGGGAGGGGUGGUUGCCAUAAUCGCCUUCUACUUGUUGAUUCUGGGUGUUGGACUAUGGGCCGCCCGUAAGAGCAAGGGAUCUAAAGAUCCGGAGGAGAUCAUGCUGGCUGGUAGAAACAUUGGACUCUUUGUUGGCAUCUUCACCAUGACAGCCACAUGGGUAGGAGGAGGUUACAUAAAUGGAACGGCAGAAUAUGUCUUCCGAUCUGAUUAUGGGUUACUAUGGACACAGGCACCUUGGGGAUAUGCAGCAAGUCUUAUUCUAGGAGGCUUGAUGUUUGCCAAAGCUAUGCGCUCACAGGGUUACAUCACCAUGUUGGACCCGUUCCAGCUGAAGUAUGGUUCCCGGAUGGGAGGCCUUCUGUUCAUCCCUGCCCUCACCGGAGAGCUCUUCUGGUCGGCGGCCAUUUUGAACGCUCUUGGAGCAACCAUCAGCGUGGUGCUAGAACUGGACACCAAGAUUUCCAUCAUAGUCUCCGCCUGCAUCGCUGUGUUUUAUACGUUCUUCGGCGGGCUGUACUCUGUAGCCUACACUGAUGUUGUGCAGCUCAUUUGCAUAUUUAUUGGCCUGUGGGUUUGUAUUCCCUUUGCUUUCACCAACUCUGCAGUGUCCAAUAUUGCACUGACAUCUGACGCCUGGCUGGGUAAAUGGGACUCGACGUAUGCUGGAGUAUGGGUUGAUUCUGCUCUUCUUCUUAUAUUUGGAGGUAUUCCAUGGCAGGUUUAUUUCCAGCGUGUCCUGUCAUCUAAGACAGCAGAGCGAGCUCAGGCUCUGUCCUUUGUGGCAGCCUUUGGGUGUAUCCUGAUGGCCAUUCCUUCAAUUCUUAUUGGUGCUAUAGGAGCCAGUACAGACUGGAGCAAUACUACCCUAGAUCUGUCGAAAGUAAACCCCUAUAACCAAACCAGCUUGCUGCUGCCGUUGGUCAUCCAGUACCUGACGCCACAGGUCGUAUCCUUCAUCGGUCUUGGGGCAGUGUCCGCCGCUGUCAUGUCAUCGGCUGAUUCCUCAAUCCUGUCAGCCAGCUCCAUGUUCACCCGUAACAUCUACAAGUUGAUUUUCAGACAGUCGGCCUCUGAGGUUGAGCUUCUGUGGGUGAUGCGUAUUGGUAUUGUAUUAGUGGGUGUUGUAGCGGCCAUUCUCGGCCUGGUCAUCACCUCUGUGUACGAGCUCUGGUUCCUCUGCUCAGAUUUUGUCUAUGUCGUUCUUUUUCCCCAACUCUUUUGUGUUGUGUAUUUCUCCAAGUGCAAUACCUAUGGCUCUUUGCUAGGCUACAUACUUGCACUGUUUCUACGUCUAGGAGGGGGCGAUCCGACAUUAAACAUCGCCCCGAUCAUACACUAUCCUUACUAUAAUAAAGUUGACGGACAACUCUUCCCGUUUAAGACACUAGCCAUGCUUAUGUCAAUGUUGUGUAUAAUUUCGGUGUCGUACUUGUUAGACUUCCUGUUCAGGAGUGAACGGAUCCCCAUGAAGUACGACUUCUUCAGUUGUAUUUUCAAUCUUCCCGCCGAUGAGAGUCAAGACAAAUACGACAACGUCAACGGGGAGAAGCUUCAACUGAGGAAGCUGGAUCCCAUGGGGCUGCCGGCAGCGGAAGGAACCACAGCCGUCACUCCGCAGCAACGAGAGAAGCUCCUGGACAUCACACGCGGGAUUAUCCCCGAGUCGGCAUCGAGGGAACCGCUGCAGGAAGACUAUGCAUCCAGCCCUUCUAGUGAAUAGCGCCCUCUAUGUGUUGUAGUGAGCCAUAGGCUUUUUAUGCAAUACAAUAACAGUGUAACAGUAUUUGUACAUGGAUCCCCUUACGUCUUUGUCCAAAUAAGGGGUGUUAUCAGUGGCUAUGGCUUGGUCAAUGUGUUUAACAUCAAAGCCAUCAGUCGUAGCCACUCAAACCAAAUUUGGGUAUAGCGUACAACUUGUUUUAGUCCCAAUGCACAAUGUUUUCUUAGUGGUUAGAUUGUUUAAUUAGUUAGGCCUACCCAAGCUUUUGUUUAUCAAGUGAAUGCAAUGUCAGCAACAGAUGAAUUUUUUUUUAAUUUAAUUGGAAACAUGAAGGGGUUAAGUCAUUGUUUGGUUUUCUCACGUUGUUAAUUUUCUGCCAGUUUGCUAUUAUUUACAGAUUGUGUAACAUGGUUCAGACCAUGGCACAAUUUUGAUAAAGAUUGAAACAACAAAUAUAUGAAAUUUAUGAUCUUAACGUGUAUAUUCUAUUAACUGAAAUAUUUGCGGUAAUUCUCCAUGCCGCAGAUUUGUUUGAAAAACAUCAGAACAUGUUUUGGCAUGCUAGAUCAAAGUAUUACAUAAUACAGAGAUGAGAAAUGACAGUAUUUUGUACGUCUGCUUGGUGACACCCAAUAGCUAUUAGUUUGCUCUUAAAUCUUCCCUUGGGUGGGAAUUCCAUCAUUUCAGUAAAAAGUUUUCAUCAGUAAUGUUUUCUUCACCCCGGCAUAUUAAAUAGUUCUCAAAAUCAACAACAAAACAUGCGCACUUCAUUGAAUAAAGCACAGUGACAUUGCCCACCAAAAUGGCGCAUUCAAGAUUAUUCUGAUGAUGACGUCGGGGGAAUUGGGUCAAUAGAACAAUCAUAAGCAAUUUUAAAGACCUUUAAAAUGGCUGCCAUUGUAUGUUAUAUUACUCUAUCUUUAUUUUUCUUAAUGAUACAAAUCUGUCAUCAAAGGCGCAAUUCCAUUACCUACCUGUCGCCUUAAUCACUAGUCCAAACCAAAGAUUAUAGAGCGCCGCAAGGCGCAAGAUGCGGAACUCGGGCUGAAAUGUGAAAUCCCACUGGACGCCAU